AUGAUAGUCGCUCACGCUCCAAAAACUUAUUUCGGUUCAGGAGAUAUACAAAAAUCAUUGGGUUCUCUUCCUGGAUUUCCAUGGGCGAAAUAUCCCGGAGAAAAACAUCUUCCCGGUCAUAAUUACACCGGUCCAGUUGAGUUUAGGAAAACAGUUCGAAGAAAUUGUAAUAAAUUUAACUCAAUAAAAAUGGCGAAUAAGUUUGGAUUAGGUUCUUUAGAAACCAAAAAACCUAACAGUACAACAUGGAUAAAUAAAGCGAAACCUUACUUUGUGGAUCAAAUCGUUGAUACUCUUCAAGGUGAUUUAGAUAUGAACAAUUUUAGCAUAACUAAUUUAAAGUCUCCGGAAAACGAUAAUGACGCCGUUCACAAGAAAUAUUUACGGGAUCAAAUAAAUUCAAUUGAAGUAAAUAAAAACCAUUUAGAAGAUAAAAUAAGUAAUGUGAAAAGAUUCUUCAAACGUCAACUAAAUAAUAAAAAUUUUGUUAAUGAUACUAAACUACAACAAGAGGUAAAAAGAUUAAUAAGUUUUAUUCAAAAGGAUUUGGUCAACGUAGCGAAUAAAACUGAGUUACAAAAUUUAAUUUCAUUAAUAUCUAAAUUAGAGGAUAAGAUUGCAAAACAAAAAUUAGACAUUCAACAAUUGAUAAAUAACAUUCCAGAUGAAAAUGAAGAUACGUUUCAACAGGAAUUAAAUGCUCUGGAAACUAAACUUAACACUGAAUUACAAAAAGAUCUAACAAAUAUUAAAAAACAAAUACAAAACAUAGAUGAUAGCGAAAUCAAAACCUAUAUUCAACAACAAAUACAAAACAUAGAUGAUAGCGAAAUCAAAACCUAUAUUCAUCAACAAAUACAGAACAUUGAUGACAUUGUUAUUCAACAACAGAUAACCACUAUUAAUAACCUAGUUUUGAAACAGGAAAAAAAUAUAGUCGCAUUAGAAAAAAAGUUUCUCAUGAAAGAAUCAUAUUAUUUCAAUCUUCCAUUUGGAAGUUUGAAUCUUAGUGAUGGUUCUAUUACUGAUAAUAUUGACUAUGAAUUUAAAAAAUAUGGGUUUAAAGCAUAUAUUAGAGUAUAUUCUGUUACAAAUUAUACUAUUCACCCCAAUAGUAUUUUUGAUUCAGAUGAUGAAACUUAUGCUUCAUUAUUUUUUAAUUUCCAAGGAAACUUUAAUUGA